AUGGCUGAGAGAAAAAGUGCACCGGUGCUCAUCACAGCACUCACAUUGUCGUCGCUUUGCACUUUCAUGCCAUGCUCUGGGGUGAACGUUAAAAUCGGCGUUCCUGAAAACUACGAUGGUAUUUUCCCGUGGUACCUAACCAAGCUUCAUAACCUGCCAAGUAACGCCACAGACCUGGUGUUGACAGGAGACGAUGAAGGAAUCUUUGGAGUUGAUGCUCAGUUCCUGUUUGCCAUAAAACCACUGGACAGAGAGAAACAGCCAUCCUACUCUCUGCAGGUGUCCUUCAGACCGUCUGAUGUCCCUCAGAACAUCAGAUCUCCGGUGCAUCGUCAGAGCUUCACAGUUGAAGUGUUCGUCAUCGACAAGAACGACAACGUGCCCGCUUUCAUAGAACAGAGCAUGAGAGGCAGCGUGCAGCUUGGGCUUCUCAAAGGGAUCCCGUUCAUGCAGGUGGAGGCGCUGGAUCGUGACGACCGUAACACCGCCCACGCUGAGCUGCGCUUCAGUCUGAUGGAGCAGACACCCAGGAUCCCCUCCAGUCAGAUGUUCUUCAUCAACUCCAUCACCGGAGAGGUUUCUCUCACUGAUGAAGGAGCCUCGACUCUGGAUCCAGAGAUGUGCGGCCGCUAUAAGCUCUCAGUGAUGGUGAAAGACAUGGCUGGAAAGGCAAACGCUUUUUUCACGACUGGCAUUGUGACUGUUGAAGUCACUGGAAACACCUGGGCAUCACCUGAUCCCGUGCGGCUCCAGGAGAACCUCCCGGGUCCUUACCCCAUACCCAUCUCUCAGGUCAAAUGGAGUGGGAGUCAAGCUGUGUACAGUCUGGAUGGAGAGUUUCCGGAGAUGCUCUUCACCAUCAGCAGAGAAGGAGUCAUUUAUCUCAACGCACCUCUGGACAGAGAGACACAAGACCAGUUCCAUAUUAGUAUUGUGGUUGAGCGCCCAGAUGGCAGACAGAUCGCCAAGCCAGUGGAGCUGAGAGUGAUGGUGGGCGACGCCAACGACAACAGACCCACCUUUCCACAAGCACAGUACCACACUGUGGUGAAGGAGCUGGCAGCUCGAGGGACAGAAAUUCUGACAGUUCAGGCAGCUGACAACGACGAUCCAAAGACAGACAACGUAAGGAUCUUUUACCGUUUAGUUGGACAGAUUCCAGAGAGUCCUCGUGCCCUUUUCAGAGUGGACCGGGACUCGGGCGUCAUCUCUGUCCAGGCGGACAGCAUGGAGGGGACAGCCCCCCAGUACACCCUGACCAUCACCGCCGAGGACGCCAAAGGUCUGAACAGUUCCUGCACAGUGGUUGUGACGGUGCAGGAUGAAAACAACAACCCACCAGUUUUCUCCCAACAUGAGUAUGGACCAUUCCACAUUGCAGAGGAUGCUCCGGCGGGCACCACAGUGGCAGCUGUGAUGGCGAGGGACGCAGAUGUUCGAGGGGGAGACAGCUGGCAGGUUAACUAUCGUUUAGAGUCUGGAAAUGAGGAGGAGGUCUUUAUGCUAGCGACUGACCGGCAGACCAAUGAAGUCUCUCUCGUGCUCACAAAGGUGUUAGACUUUGAGCGCGAAAGCGAGUACAUCCUGGUGCUCUGUGCCCAGAACCCAGUUGCUCUGGUCCGUGGCCGAUAUGGUCCUGCAUCCACGGCAACGGUCACCAUCUACAUUGACGAUGUGAACGAGGGUCCGAUUCUGUCUCAGAGUCAUUAUGAGGUGACCGUCAGAGAAGGGGAGGAACCAGGGCGGGUCAUUGCCACCAUCCGAGGUUACGACCCUGAUUCUCACCCAAUAAGAUAUUCUCUUCAAGGGGACACCAAGAAAUACUUCUCAAUAGGAAAGUAUUCUGGUGAACUGAAGACUGUGCAGGCCUUAGAUAGAGAGGAAAACAGCACAUACACCAUGGAGGUCAUCGCAGUAGAUGGACGAAACUCCUCCUUAUCUGCAUCCACGUUGGUGACGGUCCACAUCCUGGAUGUGAAUGACAACAGUCCGGUUCUGGUUGGAGAUUACUCCUGGAAGUAUCUGUGCACGCCUCGAUGGGAGGACCAAGCCCUGGUGCUGGCUUCACGGGACAGCGAUGGACCACAGCAUGGAGGGAGACUCAAUUUCUCACUGCGCAGUGAUGACACAGUUCGACUUAAUUGGAAACUAACUCCUAUUAAUGAUACUCACACCAACUUGUCGUUAAACAUCCCAUACCUGCCGCCCGAGGUCUACAUGGUGCCUUUCACCAUCUCUGACAGCAGCUCUCCACCCAGAAGCACCUUCAUAAACCUGCCAGUGACCGUGUGCCCUUGCAACGUCAGAGGGAACUGCAAAAUACCAGCCAAGCCGUUGCAGGGCAUGCCAACUAUUCAGUCUGCAGUGGGGACGCUGCUUGGAACCUUUACAGUCAUCGGAAUCAUCCUCAUCGUUAUUUUUGUGAGGCUGUCCUACCAGGACCCCAAACAGGAGAGUAAAACCCACCAGGAGAAAGUUCCCCUAAAGAUUUCAGUCUGA